UUGGACAACAAGGCUCUCCAAAUGGAAGAGACAAUCAUUGACCAUAUAAAGGUACAAUAACUUUUAUACCUUCGUUUGCGCAAAAGUCGAGCUUUUGUAAGCGAAUGAAAGUAGCAUCACCGUCCUAAUAACCACAUAAACUUCCCGACGUGUUGCUUCCUAUAGCAGGCAGAGGGGCGCAAAGGUUCUCGCCCCUCAGUGACCCACCAGCAGUAGAGCGCGGUUUUAUGACCUGGCCCGUUUUGCUCCCCCUUGAUCAUUAGUGAGCCGUUUACACACCUAUUCAGACAUGAAAGAGCUGCCAGGUUAGUGUGUUUUACACAGCCCCGAGGACAGCUGCAUCCUCCAUGCUCGUGCGUAUUGGCAUGCAUCGAUUUCAGACAGCAGGACUUUAUUGGCUAGGCUAAUUUGUUGAUAAUACUUCCUCCUAAUGUACAAAUAUAAGUAGUUUCUAAACAUUAACUUAGUUAUUCUCUGCAGAUUUAGCUUCACGUUGCGUAAAACUGAUAUUUCUAUCUGUCAUUGUCUACCUCACACAGACACAACAUUAGCACCGUUAUAUACUUUACAUUUUUGUUAACGCAACAAUUUCCACGAUUUUACUGAGUUACAGUUCAUAUAAGGAAAUCAGUCAAUUUAAAUAAAUUCAUUAGGCCCUAAUCUAUGGAUUUCAAAUGACUGGGCAGGAGCGCAGCCAUGGGUGGACCUGGGAGGGCAUAGGCCCACCCACUUGGGAGCCGGGCCCAGCCAAUCAGAAUAAGUUCCCCAGAAAGGGGCUCUAUUAUAUAGACAGAAAUACUCCAGAAGUUUCAUCAGCUGUUUGGGUGGCUACAAACGACUCUCAAACGACCCUGCAGGUGAAGGAGGUCCUGGGCUGGCAUGGUUACAUGUGGUCUGUGGUUGUGAGGGCAGUUGGACGUACUGCCAAAUUCUCUAAAACAAUGCUGAAGGUGGCUUUUGGUAGAGAAAUUAACAUUAUAUGGCAACAGUUCGAGUGGACAUUCCUGCAGUCAGCAUGCCAAUUGCACGCUUCCUCAAAACUUGAGACAUCUGUGGCAUUGUGUUGUGUGACAAAACUGCACAUUUUAGAGUGGCCUUUUGUUGUCCUCAGCACAAGGUGCACCUGUGGAAUGAUCAUGCUGUUUAAUCAGUUUUUUGAUAUGCCACACAUAUCAAGUGGAUGGAUUAUCUUGGCAAAGGAGAAAUGUUCACUAAAAGGGAUUUAAACAAAUGUGUGCACAGAAUUUUAGGGAAAUAAGCCUUUUGUGCAGUUGGGAAAAUUCUGGGAUCUUUUAUUUCAGCUCAUGAAACAUGGGUCCAACACUUUACAUGUUGCCUUUAUAUUUUUGUUCAGUAUAUAAAAAAGUAUUUGUCUGUUUAUCUUCUAGAUGUUGGAGUACACCUAGACACACGUUGCCCAUCCUGUUAAUGAGGUGUGAAAAGCCCAGAUGUAACAAUCUCCUUUCAUUCCUUCAUUAGAGAGAUCACAUCAAACUGAUAAUUGUUGUCGUGCCCAUCUAAAGAGCCAUUUCCCACAAAAGAAAAUCUAAUUAUUUUUCAUUCUGUUACACGUUAUCCGUCUAUUUCACCUUAUUGGCACCUCGGUGACAACGAACGACGUCCUUCGGGAAAGUCACAUUUUAGCACUUGAGUUUUCUUUGAACUUUCGCUUCAGCUGUGAACUCAUAAACCACAGAGAGCUGAUAUAAAACGGUUUCUCAAACCGCUUUUCAGAAUUUGCUCUCCACGGAGCUGCCCGAAUAGCCUAUCAUUGAGGUCACCGUAUGGAGAGCGUGUCUGAGGAUAUUGCUAACAUGGAUUGUGACAUUGAAGUUGUUACCUCAAAAAUGCUCUCUGAAUGGGAUUGGAAAACGCAGGAAAGGGCUUUUGGGAACGGGCAUGAUUCUCUUGAAUCCACAUCACCAGAAUCAUCAUUCGAUUCAAUGUGCUCUUCGCCAGAGAUGUCCUCCAGCUCAACUGGGCAUCAGAGCUUCGGAAAUGUAUCCUAUGGCUUAACAGGACACAGCCCAACCCCGUGCGCAACGUUGAAACAAACCAAACCGAAGAUGUCGACCAAGAGACGCAUGAAGGCGAGCGAGAGGGAGAAGAUGCGAAUGAGGAGCCUAGCAGAAGCUUUGCACCAGCUCCGCGACUACCUGCCUCCAGAUUACAGUAAAAGGGGACAACCUCUGACCAAAAUUCAAACUCUCAAAUACACCAUUGAGUAUAUAAAUGAACUUUCGGACAUUCUCAACCACGCGUAAUGAUGUGCUAAAAGAUGGCCACGUUUUAAAUGAUGCGUAACGGGGCCAAACUAUUUGGUAUUAGGUGUAGACCAUUGUCAAACCUUUUGUGUUUGUAAAACUAUUUUUGGUUUGUUAAUUUUGAUAUUGGUGCAUUGUGGAUGAUAACUUAAUUUCUCAUAUUGUAUUUAGAAUUAUUCUGCCCCUCAUCUGAUGUAAAUAAUUGUUAUUCUGUGGGGACUUGACUUGACCAUGUAAUUUUCUUGUAUGUGAAUAGGCUAUUCUUGUUUUACAUUAUUGACAUGAAUUAAACAAACAUUAUAAAUAAAAUGUA